AUGCGACUUUUGAUAGAAUCACGCAAGCUGACCAUUGAAUUGGCAUCGACCAAGCAUAUUGCGGUCGAUCGUGCAGGCGCAGAAACGUUCGUUCCACAAGGUGCAAAGGAAGACCCUCACAUUGAUCACUUCGACGAUAUCAAGUCAUCCCAAUCUUCGACGGAUAACAAGCCAUCUUCCGAAACCUCGGAUACGAGCGUCUUCCGCUACACGCAGCUUUCACGUCGCAAAAGCAUUCACAAACGCAUCGGUCGUGUCCUAUUACGUAUAUCCAGAAUGUGCUCGGACGCUCAAUGUAGUGUGUACGCCUACCAGUAUGGAAGUGGAGCCUCGGAACUGCCCGCGGGAGAGUCACCAGGUGAAGGCACUGCUUCACUUUACGAGAUGCCCGGAUCAUUUCCCCGAGUCGAACUCGAGAGCCAGGAUGUGGAGAAGCGAUCUGUCCCUCCCUAUUCGACAAGUAUGGCAUACGCUCAGGCCGCACCAGAACAUCUUCAGGGCUAUUACAAGAAGAACCAAAACGCCACACUUCGGAGGGCUGCACCUAUGUCGGUUGCAAACCUCUCGCAUCUACCACGUCUCGAAGUGCCGCAAUCACAAUACCGUGUGCCAAGAUUGAUCUCGGAUCACUCUCCACUCACGCCAUCGCCCAUAUCUCCCAUAACACCAGUAAUAGACACAAAUAGUGGCUACAGUGGGGCGCCAAAUCUUGGUCAAUAUCUGGAUGUGAUCUCUCCUUGUACUAUUCCUAAGCAAAGCCAGAUAUUUGCUUGCUAUGGUAACUGGAGUCAUCAUGGGCAACAAUCCCCAGCUACGCCAUCUACAUCCGACUCAUAUGACCAUAGCCUAUCGUACACGACGACGCCACUUUCUGCGUAUUCUCACUCUUCUUAUCCGCCGUCGGCACAUUCACCUUAUCCGUAUUCAGCUCAUUCUUCUCAUCAGCCAUGGCCGCAGCCACAGAUUGAGCGACAACCACCGAUGCAGGCGCAGACCUACUCUCCCAUGCAUUGCAGCCAAUCCUCGAACCAAACUCACCUUGCGGGCGCAAACUUUUGGGCAAGCAAUGUCCGAGCUCAGACAGGAGAUGUUAACAAUGGUUUUCCGCUCUUCCAGUCACAAGACUGGCAAUCAGAAAUUUCUGUUGCAUCUCGACCUCAUGGCCCAACUUCGCAGGCACAAAGCUACUUCGAGAAACAGGGCCAUGAUUCCUCAGACCAGCUCCUUUUCCCACACCUAUCGAUGAGCCACACAUUUGAGGAUGUGCCACCAGCAUACAGUCCAGUCGCUUCAGAGCCGCAACCUACCAUUAGGAACACACAACAGCGCUACCAGCCAGCGGUAUGCCAGCACUGCGGAAAAAUCUUCACGGGGAAGUAUGGGUCAGGAAACUGUAAGAGACAUGUUCAGCAAACACAUGCGUCGAUCUUCGACCGAGCGAUACACAUGUGCAAGAUGUGUAUGAAGACAUACAAUCGUGCAGAUGCAUUACGAAAGCACCAGUGGAAGAAACACCGCAUGGCAGAUGCAAAGCCGAAUAAGAGGAGAGAACGAGGGUCGUAA